AGUCUGUCCCACCGGCUCUAGUUUAAUCAGAAGGUCGUUCUCGGCCGGGCGGUGUUUAACAACAACCGAAACCUCAAGAAAUCACCCAUUAAUUCAACUUUAUAGAGAACUAUUUCUCCAAUCGCGGAGGGAUGUGCGCGUUGCCGUUUAAAAAAAGGGACAGACAAAGCGCGGCGGAAGGUCGCUUUUAUUCGGGACUCGUUAUGAAACAAUGCUAACGGCGAGCUAACGUUAGCACCGCAACGGCUAUAGAAGCGACGCAUAGUUACGGUAACUAAUAAAUAACAGGUUAUUCUGGUUGGUCGGGGUUAGUGGCUAACGUGGGAACUAUUACACCGGAAGAAGCAGAGUGUUUGCACUCCGGGUUUUGUUGGACCGGUGUCAGAGGCUCUCAAACCCCGGAUUCAGGUCUCAGCAGAUCCUUCGCCCGGUCUCCAGUCCUCAGAACCUCGGUCUCUGGUCCUCUGAACCCCGGUCUCCGGGUGUUCUGAACCCCGGUCUCUGGUGAUCAAGCCCCCGGUCUACAGUCCUCUGUUCCCCGGUCCCAGCAGCUCCUUCUCCCGGCUGGUUGGAUGGCAGCCUCGGCAGGAGCCCGGAGGCUCCCCAUGGGGGUGCGGACCUUCAGUGACUUCCUGCAGAUCGCCUCGGUGGGCUCCCCCCGGUCAGUGCUCUCAGCAGGGGGGCCAAGAGGAGGCCUGAGACAGAGCAUCAGACACCUGUCGUCAUGCGGCAUUCUGAUGACCAGAACUCCCAGAAUGCUUUGCUUUCAGGACACGGUGACGACGGUUCCUCCGAGCAGAAACUUCCUCAGCUUCACCAACAAGAGGAAGGAGUACUCAGAGCGCAGGAUACUCGGCUUCUCGAUGCAGGAGAUGUACGACGUGGUGGCCAACGUGGACGACUACAAACACUUCGUCCCGUGGUGCAAGAAGUCCACGACCGUCAUGAAGAGAGCGGGGCACGCCAAGGCUCAGCUGGAGGUGGGCUUCCCCCCCAUGGUGGAGCGCUACACCUCCAUGAUCACCAACGUGAGGCCGCACCUGGUCAAGGCGGUGUGCACAGACGGGAAGCUGUUCAAUCAUCUGGAGACCAUCUGGCGCUUCAGCCCUGGUAUCCCCGGAUACCCCCGAACCUGCACCGUAGACUUUUCUAUUUCCUUUGAGUUCCGCUCCCUGCUCCACUCUCAGCUCGCCACCAUGUUCUUCGACGAGGUGGUGAAGCAGAACGUGGCGGCGUUCGAGCGCCGGGCGGGAACACUGUACGGCCCCGAGACGCGCAUCCCCCGAGAGCUGAUGUUCCACGAGGUGCACCAGACGUGAUCAGAGCUGAACCCUUGUGACCUUUAACCCCACCUGCAUGAUGCUGCUUUAGAAGACUUACAUCCAACUCCUGAAACCCCCGCCUCAUUCAAAUACUCUGAUAAAGGGUCUCUUCAAUCUGGAUCAAACCAUCUUUCUGUGUCUCAAGGGGGACGAUUUCUUUUGUCCAAUAAUGAGAGGGCGCUGCAGCUAGCUUUGUAAUGACCACUACUCGCGCUCCUGUUGGCUAGCGCUCAAACGCACUGUACGUGAUGGGCUAAAGGGGCGGGACAUUUCUUAAGCGGUUCACCAAUCACAACAGAGCCGGCCAGCUAACCAAUCGCAGCGGCUCUGGUUUCAGACAGAGGGUGAAAAGAGGUGCUGCAGUAUGAGACCAAUAAAGAGCUUUUGGAACAUUAGAGCAUGGAGACGUGUCCCAGGAGACACUGAGGGACUCUUUAAAGGUUGGAGUAACGGCUGCAGCGCUCUCUUUUUACAACGUGUCCCCGUCAGUCACAGACUAAAGGAAGCGUCCCUUUAACUGCGUCUCUACCUCCACUGGAAGGACUCUCUAUUUAUCAGCGGGGUCACAGUUACAGCUGUCGUUGCGUCGUCAUGUGACCGACAGCUCUCGUUUUAAAACUCUGAACAAAAAACCCGUUUAAUUUGCUCUCAUUUUACCGAGACCCUGUGAUAUCAGGCUGCAACGACACAUCAGUCAUAGGUCAUCGAUCGUGUGUGAGAAAAUGUUAAGAAGUGCCUGCUUUAAGUGGCCAAAACCCCCAAAAUAAGCCAAAGAUUUAACCAGCAGAAAAGGACCUUAAAGAUGAGCACGUUUGCUCCUCGGUGUUUCCACGUUUAUCUGCUGCUUAAAUCUGCCUUUAAUUGAAUUAUCUAAAUCUAUUCAUUUUAGUUAAUCUGAUGCAAAAACAACAACUCCUUUCAUUUAUUUAUCAGCGGUCGUUUGCAUAUUCGGACAGUUUUAAAUUAGAAGAAGGGAAAUGAAACUUCUAAUUAAGUUGAAUGUAUUUUAUUCUGGCUUCUUCUUGAUGCUGUGAGGAAUUAUAUUUUUUGGUCUCUUGAGACAUUACCAGAUUUAAUAAGGCUUUAUUUCACAGCCCAGCGCACAGAUUUAGAAAAUAUAUACAAAUCCACUGAUAUUUAACGCCUGCUUGUUUGCCGCGAAACACAACCGCCUGCUCGUGGGAUAGAAGAAUGAAAAAAAGGCAAUUAUUACCAAAAUGAUCACGAAUAACUGUAUUUACUGAAAAACCUGGACAUAUUAUUGAUAAUCACAUUAAAUAAUAAUCACUGCCUAGAAAAACUAUAAAUAUGUUGUAUUUAUCUCGUUCUUUGUGUGUACUGUGUGAUAAAGUGCUGGGCUGUGGAAUAAAACAUAUCUCAUG